UUGGCCCGCGCAGCAUCCUGGAGACCAUCUUGAGCGCCUUUCAACCUUCAACUUUCGGUCGUCCACCACCACCCUCUAAUCCUCCAAUCCUCCAAACCCGCCAAAACCACACCACCGUCGCGACCGCCCUGAAAUAAUAACCCACUCCCCACAAUGGCACCCAAACGCACCGCCUCCUCCCAGAAGGCCGCCGCUGCCUCCGCCGACCACGCCCAGCAACUCCCCUCCUCGCCCGCGGGACCGACCGCCGCCGCCGCGAUACCGGGCACCAUGACCUCGCAGCCCAAGGCCGGCCCCAUCACCAUGACCCCCAAGGGCGUCGCCUCCGGCGCCCAGAACUGGGACCGGGUCCUCGCCAACCUCUACAACCACUACGUCAACAACACGCCGCAGCGCACGAAGCUGAUUGACGCCUUUAUGGCCUUCCUUGUCGUCGUCGGGGCGCUGCAGUUUCUGUACUGCGUCAUCGCUGGCAACUUUCCCUUCAACGCCUUCCUCUCUGGUUUCUCUGCUACCGUCGGCCAAUUCGUCCUCACUGCUUCCUUGCGCAUCCAGACCACCGAGGCCAACAAGUCCGAUUUUCCUUCCGUAUCACCCGAGAGAGCGUUUGCCGACUACGUCGCAUGCAGCUUGAUCCUCCACUUCUUCUGCGUCAACUUCAUAAACUAAGUUUCCAAAAUCAGGGGUUGUAGACAGACAACGGUGAAAAGAAAAGAAAAGUGGAUGGGUUUUCCCGAGUCAAGAUUCGAGCACGAUGCGGAGGGAUAUAGACAAACUCGGUACAGCACGGAAGCCGCACCACCAAACACCGCAUGGGCAGCAUCAUGAGCAUGCGAGACAAACCAGGCCAAUGUACAUUACACAAGCAGGCGCUUGCAUCCACAGAGCAAGCACGGGAAGAUGUCUGGAGGGAAGAAAGGAAGAAAGAAGAAAAGUGCAAUUCAGGGAAUCAUCCAUGAUACCGAGGGACUCCAAAAAAGGUUCUAGCUCUAUAAACCGUGUCUUUUUCCCCGAACGCCAGCCAUUUCCCCGCG